AGCCUACAUCACGCAAGGAUUCUAUGCAAUGGCUUUGGACCAUUCCGGAAAACGAUAUCUGGAUCUCUUUGGAGGGAUUGUGACCGUCAGUGUGGGCCAUUGCCAUCCAAAGGUCAACCAGGCCUUGAAGGAUCAAGUUGAUACGUUGUGGCAUACAACCAACAUCUAUCUCCCACCGAAGAUCCACGAAUACGCCGAACGGUUAGUGGCAACUCUCCCGGAACCAUUGACCAACGUCUACUUUGUGAACAGCGGUUCCGAGGCGAAUGAUAUGGCAUGUACAUGGCCAGGCUCUACACUGGCAAUUUCGACUUGCUCUCAUUCCGAAACAGUUAUCACGUGUAAACUUGAGAGCUGCAGUGACCCUACCACACACCCAUGCCAAAGAUUCCCCGUGGACAUUGACCGCACAUGUGAUUGUCCUCAAGGACAGUGCCUUGCCUCAGAGCAAUACUUGGAGCAAUUGGAACGACGUUCUGGUACAUUCUAUUCCCAAGGGCAAGAGUUUGGGUGGAUUCUUCGCCGAGUCUAUCCAAGGUUGUGUGGAACAGUUCAAUACCCAAAGGGUUACCUGAAGAAAGCCUUCCAAAAGGUCCGCGAUUUGGGAGGAGUAUGCAUUUCCGACGAGGUUCAAACUGGCUUUGGUCGCACCGGAGAGCACUUUUGGGGCUUUCAGGGCCAUGACGUAGUUCCUGAUAUCGUGAAUGGCAAGGGCAUUGGCAAUGGAUUCCCCAUGGCUGCUCUCGUGACCACAAAGGAGAUUGCGGAUGUCAUGUCCCAAGCCAUUCAUUUCAACACAUUUGGAGGGAACCCAAUGGCUUCUGCGGUGGGAAUCGCAGUUCUGGACGCUCUGAAGGAAGAUAGGUGCCAGGAGAACUCUGCUAAUGUGGGCACAUACUUCCUGAAGCAACUGGGGAUCUCCGUAGCCAAUAUAAGACCAUCGGAGACGUUCGAGGAAAAGGUCUCAUGAUUGGCAUUGAAAUGGUUGAAGAUAAAGACAGCCGUAAGCCUUUGGCCGGAGCAAAAAUGAUGGCUGUCUGGGAGGAUGUCAAGAAUAUGGGUGUUCUUUUGGGCAAAGGUGGAUUAAAUGGAAAUGUCUUCCGAAUUAAGCCUCCAAUGUGCAUCACCAAGGAAGAUGUUAAUGUGGCUUUGGAGAUUUUCAAGAUUGCUUUGGAUAAGAAUGGAAUGAAAUGAAAACGUCCCUUUUAAAAUAAUGCCCGGUUGAGCUAUUGUAUCCAUGAUUAAAUAGAGAUUUUGACUCCCGA